AAAAAAAUAAAAUAAAAUUGCUUGGCCUCGUCUUAUUUUCCACCACUGGAUUGCUCCUUCUUCUUUGGAUUAAUUUUUUAAAAGGAUCUGAUAUUUUUUUGAAGAAGGAACAGAUUAGGUGAUUGCUUUUGCUUAUUUGUUCUGAAUCUGAGGUGAUUCUUUGCUUUGCUUAGAAUCUACGUUUGAGUUUUAAGUUUUGUUAUUUCUUCUCGGUGUUCGGGAUUUUCGCCGACCUUCUUCUAAUUCUGUAAUCGGCAUCUUUUUAGAGAUCGGCGAGGUUUUCAAGAUUUACGUCUCUUUCUUCAACCGGCAUUGGUUUCGUUUCUGCCUGCUAAGAUGGAUUGGUGAAGCAAAAGAAAUCAUUGACAUCCGAAAGAAGAAAAGCUAAUGAAUAAUUAGAAAGUUUGAAGGAUAUGGGAUUUGGUUCAAAUUCAGAGAGGAGUUCAAACCCACAGCAAAGUUCAAGGACUGGGAAAGAGAAAGCUCACUUGCCACAUGCAGACCUGAGGUUAAAGAAUCAAGGCAAGUUAAAUGUAAAAAAUGAUCCGUAUGGUAUUUUGCCGGGUGAAAUAAUGAACAAUCGGAUUCAAAGCACCUUGGUUGAAACGAAACCUUUUGGGGAUUGCAAAGGGCAGCCUCUCAAGCGCAAGCCAACAAAAGAAGAUGAGCUUGUUAGGUACAUGUCAAACUUGCCGGGUUACCUACAGCGGGUAGACAGUUCAGAUAACCUUCAAGAGAAGGCAUUGAAUGUCGGUGUUCUGGAUUGGGCACGUCUAGAAAAAUGGAAGUACCACCAAAAGCAUAUGCCAACAACUACUGGAAAUAAUGUAUCGAGAACCAAUGCCAAAUCUUCUGCCUUUUCUAAUGAUGUUCCCAAGGUUGCCUCUGCCAAUAAAGGUAUGCUACGCUCUUCAACAUGUUCAAGUCUUACCCCAUCUCAAAAGGAUGACAUUCUCGAGGUGCAAAACCAUCUAUUCCAAAGGUUAGGCACUAUCAAGAUAUUGAAACUGCUUCCAAGAGCACCUUGGAUCGGCAGAAGAAGACACCCAAGACAUAUAAAUCCUUUGACAAAAUUAAUUCAGAUGCAAUUCUUCAGAAGGGGAAGAGAAAAGAAUUAGAUCAGAAAA